GGGAUAGUGGAAGAAUGAUCUCCCGGCCUAGCAGCCAUGAAGAGUGUGGCCCAUUACCCAAGAAGAGUUUAAAGUCAUGGCAGACGAUUGCAGACGACAGGGUUUCGAGCUGGAGAGAAGGAUAUUUGAGUUGGACAAUAAAUGCGCCAGCCUCAGAACUGAAAAACAAGAUGAUGACUAUUUACAAAAUGCGUCUGCGAUAUUAGACAAGUUGAAAAGCUUUUACAGACAAGGGGGGGAGAGUAGCAGUCUCCCCAAACUGCUUCAGGAUUACACACAGGUGAUCUUGGACAUAACAUUCUACGAGGAAAAUAAACUGGUGGAUCAGGAGUUCCCUGAGGACUGCUCACCAUUUAAGAUCCAGUUGCUGCUGCAGGACCUCACAGAGCCAGAAGUACUGUCAGGAAGGCUGGCACCUGCCCAAGAGGUGCAGUCUGUGCUGGGUCUGGAGCUGUUAGAGUGCCUGUACUGGAGACGUGGAGCACUGCUUUACAUGUACUGCCACACCCUUCACCAACGUAAACAGUGGAUCAAGAAGAACAAAGGCACUUUCCUUAAGUGUCUUCAGGAGGGGGUACGCUACCUGAUGAGGAUGCUCCAGGUGAGGAACUCUGUAAAACUGAAUGACGGCGUGGUGUUCCAUGACUCUGCAACAGCCAAUUUCCUGGCCGAAGGCAUCUUCUCUGACACCCACCUGCUGACGAUGAUGUACAUUGGAGAGAUGUGCUUCUGGGCAGUCAAGUAUGAGGACUGCAGCGUGGAAACCACCGAUCGCAAAGAGGACCGUCUCCAGUUCAGGGACAUUGGAACGCAGAUCCUUCACAAAUACGUUCUGGCCUGCGAGGGUCCUCUUCAGGGUCAGGGCUGGAACACGGAGAAUGCCAAGGAGAUCCUUAGUAUCCUACAGUAGAGCUGACUGCUCUAGUUCUAAGUUGCCCGCAGGCACAGGUCUAAGGCCAGCUUAACUCAUGCCCGAAUCCAAACCCUUAACCAUUAGGCUAGGGGCCGUAAAACUGACUUAAACCAGUGUCUGUGGGCAACCUCCGCUUAUGCUCAACAGCAUGGAGGGUGCUGAAGGAGGAUCUGAAGGUGGGGAAGGAGAGUGAGUUCUGAGGUGUAUUAGGCAGGGGUGUGUGGAAUCUUGAUGAAACGUUAUUGUCCCUGCCCCCCUGAAAAAGCACUUAUCUUCCAGAUUCCAGACUGUUGGUUGGGCAUGUGUUUUGCUCCUAAGAAUGUGGUAGAAUAACAUAACUAAUAUUGAUUUAAAAAAGAAAAUUAUUUAAAAAAUUGUU